AUGAAUGAAACCAACUACCCAAAUCUCAAGAGGAGCGAUCAAAGCAUAUCGAGCACAGCAAGUGCUACCCAAGAUGACACAGACACAGUGAUCGAUAACCUACCUAUGUCUCCAACCUACUCUCAGGGAAGAUUUGGCGAAUUGAAUGGUAAUGCUGUUGAUAUACAAAGUGCUUUUGAAGAAUAUGAACAUGUGUGUCGAACAUUGACGGAGCAAUCCAAUGCUGCUGCUGCUGCUGCUAUAACUGAUGUUGAAAAGGGUGAACAAGUGUUUGAUCUGACAGAAUAUUUGGCGAAUCAGCAUACCCAACUCACAGAGGCUGGCUUGAAGGUCAAGAAUAUGGGUCUCGUCUGGAAACAUCUCACAGUGAAAGGCCUUGGUGCCGAUGCUAGGUCUAUACUUACCAACGGAUCUGUCAUUUUCAAGAUACUGCAAUUCUGGAAGUGGGGUAAACAAUCUGGAUCUGAAGUGACCAUUCUACAUGACAAUAAUGGCUUUUGUAAGUCGAGUGAAAUGCUGAUUGUCUUGGGCAGACCUAAUAGCGGAACAUCUACCUUGCUCCGUGUUCUCUCCAACAUGCGUACAGCUUAUACAUCUGUACAGGGCGAUGUCAGUUAUGGCGGAAUUGAUGCGCAGGAGUUUGGCAAAUAUUUCAAAGGUGAAGUCUGCUACAAUGAAGAAGAAGAUCUGCAUUAUCCUACUUUGACGACUGAAGAAACACUUCGUUUCGCCUUGAAAACUAAAACACCAGCAACUCGUAUUCCAGGUGAAUCCAAAUCCGAAUUUAUAGAAAACCUCCUGUACAUGCUUGGUAACAUGCUGGGCUUGACAAAGCAAAUGAAGACGAUGGUAGGCGAUGCCUUUGUGCGUGGUCUCUCUGGUGGUGAACGUAAGCGUCUUUCUAUUGCUGAACAAAUGACAACACAUAGCUCUAUUAACUGCUGGGAUGGCUCUACACGUGGGUUGGAUGCUUCCUCUGCUCUUGACUACGUCCGCUCUCUUCGCAUCAUGACUGAUAUCAUGCACAAGACAACGGUGGCUACUCUAUACCAAGUAUCUGAUAGCAUCUUUCAACUGUUUGACAAGGCAAUGGUCCUGGACGAAGGUCGCUGUAUUUACUUUGGCCCUAUCACUAGUGCUAAAAGUUACUUUGUCGAGAUGGGAUUCCACUGUCCUGAACGCAAAUCGACGCCUGACUUUUUGACUGGUCUCUGUAACCUGAAUGAACGUGAGGUGCGUCCUGGCUUUGAAGCUCGUGUCCCCUUGAAUGCUGCACAGUUUGAAAAAGCCUACAAGGAGUCCAGUCUGUAUACCCAGAUGAUGCGUGAACGUGAUGCUUAUGAGGCAGAGAUCAGCUUCGACAAGCCCGAGGUGUCUUUUCGUGAAGCUUUCCAACAAGCACACAGCACGCCUUUUGUGAUCAGCUACUACCAGCAAGUCAAGGCACUCACUGUUCGCCAACUACAACUGAUCUGGGGAGACAAAACUUCCUUGUUCAUUCGUUAUAUUGAUGUUGUUGCCAAAGGACUGAUUACCGCUUCCAUUUUUUACAUGAUGCCUCUCACUGUGGAAGGCCUGUUUAGCCGUGCUGGCGCUUACAUCUUUACCGUCUUUUUCAACGCUGUUGUAGCUCAAGCUGAGAUGCCAUCGUUUAUGGAAGGCCGUCGUGUACUAGAGAAGCACAAACACUUUGCCAUGUAUCGUCCAUCUGCUUACUACGUUGCUCAAGUUAUUGCUGAUAUUCCAUUGUCUAUACUACAAGCCAUCCUAUUUGAGCUGUGCUGCUAUUUCAUCAUGGGGUUUGUCUUGGACGCAGGCAGGUUUUUCAGCUUUUUCAUCAACUUGAUUGCCAUCACCAUGUGUAUGAACAGCUUCUUUCGUUUCUGGGGGUCCAUUUGUCCCAACUUUUACACUGCUUCUCAAAUAUCCAGCAUCAUCUUUACUGCCUUCAUCAUCUACGUGGGUUACCAGCUGCCUUACCCUUACAUGCACCCUUGGCUGAUGUGGAUAUACUGGAUCAACCCGCUUGCUUACAGCUUUAAAGCACUGAUUGGUACUGAACUGACGGGCGCUCGCUUCAGCUGUGCGGGUGUCAAUGCCGUGCCCUUUGGUCCGACUUACACAAAGCAAGCUUACCGUUCAUGCAUUCUUCCUGGCGCUGAGCCAGGAGCCAGUUUUGUGCUAGGCGACAGUUAUUUGGCUCAGUAUUAUGGUUACUACACGUCUCAAAAUUGGAUCAACUUUUUGGCUGUUGUCUUGCUUUUUGUGUUCUUUUCUAUCCUCGCUGCUCUGGCCAUGGAGUUCAUAGACCUCAAGAAGGGAAGCACCAUCACCAAGGUGUAUAAAAAAGGCUUCACUCCUAAGGUCACUUCCGCUGAAAAGCAAUUGGAGAAAACGGCAUCUCGCACACAUCAAGAACUGGAAGCUGUGAAUGACGGUACUUCAUUUACGUGGCAUCAUGUUAACUAUACGGUUCCUGUCAAAGGAGGAAAACUCAAGUUACUAAACAAUGUUGGUGGUUUUGUCAAGCCUGGCAACUUGACAGCUUUGAUGGGCUCCUCUGGUGCUGGUAAAACGACUCUUUUAGAUGUGCUGUCCAAAAGAAAGACCAUUGGUACCAUUGAAGGCAAUAUUUACAUGAACGGUGAACAUCUGGCUGAUGAUUUCGAGCGUCUCACUGGCUACUGUGAGCAAAUGGAUGUGCAUAACCCUAAUGCCACUGUUCGUGAAGCACUACAGUUCUCUGCCUAUCUUCGUCAACCUGCGGAUGUAUCCAAACAAGAAAAGGAUGCCUAUGUGGAGCAAAUUCUGGACCUCUUGGAAAUGCAAAAUAUUGGGGAUGCCCUUGUGGGAGAUCUUGAGCAAGGAACUGGCAUCUCUAUCGAAGAGCGCAAACGUCUUACUAUCGCUGUUGAGCUCGUCGGAAAGCCCAAACUUCUCUUUUUGGAUGAACCAACCUCUGGCCUGGAUGCUCAGUCUUCUUACAAUAUCGUUCGCUUUAUCCGUAAAUUGGCAGACGCCGGCUGGCCUGUGCUUUGUACCAUUCAUCAGCCCUCGGCUACUUUGUUUGAGCACUUUGAUCAUUUGCUUCUGUUGGUGCGUGGAGGGCAAACGGCUUAUUUCGGUGAAAUUGGCAAAGACUCUCGUACCAUGAUUGACUAUUUCGAGUCCAAUGGUGGUCCUGCUUGCGCUCCUGAAGCAAAUCCUGCUGAAUACAUUCUAGAGUGCGUGGGUGCUGGUACUGCUGGUAAAGUCUCCAAGGAUUGGGCUCAAGUCUGGUCUGACUCACCUGAAGCUGCUGCUCUGGAGAAAGAGCUUGAAGCCAUCCACUCUACCACGGACCACACGGUUACUCGUCAUGUGAAAACCUAUGCAUUGCCUUUCUGGCAGCAACUCUCGCUUGUCUUUGGUCGCAUGAAUCAGUCCUGGUGGAGAAGUCCCUCUUACAAUCUGGGCAGAGCUCUCACUGUAUGCCUUAUUGGCUUUGUCACUGGGUUCACCUUUUGGAAAGUAGGGUCGUCGCCUGUGGAUCUCCAAAACCGCAUGUUUGGUCUCUUGACUGCGUUGUUUAUGGGCAAUUCAAUGAUUAUCUUGAUUCAGCCCCGCUACAUACAGGAAAGAGCUUGGUUCCGUCGCGAAUACGCCAGUAAGUACUACGGCUGGUCCCCCUUUGCACUGUCAUGUAUCUUGGUCGAAAUCCCCUACUUGAUUGCUGUGUCUGCCUUGUUCAUGUUCUUUUACUACUGGACUACCGGUUUGCAAAACGAGUCUGAUAGAGUGGGCUAUUUCUUUAUCAUCUUUGUUGUCUACUUGUUUCAUUCUGUCUCUCUUGGCUAUGUCAUUGCUGCCUUUUGUGAGUCACCAACAUUGGCAGCCAUCAUCAAUCCAUUCUUCCUUACUGUGUUGCUUUUGUUCAAUGGCAUCUUCCAGCCUCCAAGCUCGAUGCCUGCCUUCUGGAGCUCCUGGAUGUAUUGGUUGAAUCCGUAUCAUUACUUGGUAGAGGGUCUAGUGACAAAUGGCCUUGACGGUGUUCAGGUUGUUUGCGAAGAGAAAGACUACAUCAAGAUCAAUACAGUUCCCGGGAGUACCUGUGGCCAAUACAUGUCUCAAUACUUUGCUGACGGCGGGCUAGGCUACCUGGGCAACCCAAACAGCACAGAUGUGUGUGAUUACUGCCAAUAUUCCACUGGCAACGACUAUUACGAAUACAGAAUUGGCUGGUCAUUUUCCAACAGGUGGCGUAACUUUGGGCUUCUGUGGCUCUUUACCCUGUUCAAUGUAACCGUUUUCUUUGCUUUUGUGUACGCAUUUAGAAAACAAAAACGAUAG